GGGGGUUUGACUAAUGCCUGCGCUGAGGUAUUCGAUUCAAAGUUGACGAACCAGCACACCGACAGCGACUGGCGCUUCGGACCAGUUCAAAGUUUUCGGAACCAACUACGUUUGAUCUUUCUGCCAAUUCUUUCCACACCCUCUCCUGCCUCUUUCCGCAGUCCUCUGCCUUCUCCUUCCAGUCCCAAAUGAAUCUCCAAAGCUUCCUGUGCUUGGCUGGUUGUCUCCAAUUCGUCCUCGCUGCCGUCGUCCUUGCCAACUUUGUAUAUCGGACCGCCGCAGAUGACGCGCGGUACGAGGCCUGCGAGCCUCGCAACUGCGGUUAUGGCCCGGACAUCAGCUACCCUUUCUGGAUUUCUGGCGAGCAGGAGUCCUAUUGUGGAUAUCCGAACUUCAAGAUUACCUGCGCAGAGAAAUACCCUGUCCUGAAUUUCUCCGACGGCGAGUUCGUCAUCAAGGAUAUCUUCUACGCGAACCAUUCUAUCCUCCUGGUGAACGCCUUUGAGUACCUUGACUCCUGUGGUGCUCCGCCGCGUAACAUCAGCCUCGAGAGGACACCUUUCGAUCUCUGUUCCGGUAACACCGAUUUCUUCUUCUACUACAACUGCACCUUGCAGCCGACCGGUUUUACAUAUCCGGUGUACUGUGCUAGCAACUCCACCCACCAUUCUUUCGCUUUUUUUCCCGGGGAAGCAUUGAAGGAAUCGGCUAAUUAUUCUGCCGUCAGCUCCUGCAAUCCUCCAGUCAGUGUACCUGUCAAUGUUGAUGCAGAUAUCUUUAGUUUGGUUGAUAUGAAUUACAGUGAGGUUGUAAAGAUGGGGUUCCUUUUGAGCUGGACUGCAAUGAAUUGCAGCGAUUGUGAGGGAAGCGAGGGACGGUGUGGAUUCGAGAACAAUAAAUUCCUCUGCUUUUGCCGAGAUGGUCCUCAUUCUCAAACCUGCAAAGAUGGAAACAAAAAGAUCGCUCUCAAAGUUGGAAUAGCUUUUGCCGGAGUGGCAGGCGGCAUUGCGGUGAUGAUGAUUGUUUACUUCUAUAAAUCUCACCAAAGAAAAAAGUCUGAGCAGUCGUUCUUCGUCUCGAGAAGCAUGUCCUCUGUCGACUCCUCCAGGACAGAUUUCGAGAAGGGCAGUGUCUACUAUGGGAUACCCGUCUUCGACUAUGAAGAACUUCGAAAAGCCACCAACGAUUUCGAUCCAGCAGCAGAACUUGGUGAUGGAGGCUUUGGCACUGUUUUCAAAGGCAAACUCCGAGAUGGGCGUGUCGUUGCGGUGAAGAGACUGUAUGAAAGCAACUACAAAAGAGUCGAGCAGUUCAUGAAUGAAAUCAAGAUACUAACUCACUUACGCCACCCGAAUCUGGUCUCACUGUAUGGCUGCACCUCCCGGCAGAGCCAGAGACUCCUACUCGUGUAUGAAUAUGUGCCGAAUGGCACAGUGGCUGAUCAUAUUCAUGGCGAACUAGCUAAACCUGGCUUGCCCCCGUGGUCCACCCGUUUGAACAUAGCCAUGGAAACCGCAAACGCAUUGGUGUAUCUCCACGCAUCUGUUGUUAUCCACCGAGAUGUGAAGACCAACAACAUCCUGCUGGACGAGAAUUUCAGUGUCAAGGUCGCGGAUUUUGGUUUGUCGCGCCUCUUCCCGUUGAAUGUCACUCAUGUUUCGACUGCUCCUCAAGGGACACCGGGUUAUGUCGAUCCAGAAUACCACCAAUGCUACCAAUUGACUGAGAAGAGCGACGUAUAUAGCUUUGGAGUAGUCUUGAUGGAGCUCAUAUCUUCCUUGCCAGCCGUUGACAUCACUAGGCAUCGCCACGAGAUAAAUCUGUCCGCCCUGGCCAUGGACAAGAUCCGAAGCCACGCCUUGCAUGAGCUUGUAGAUCGAAAUCUUGGGUUUGAUACUGACUAUAGGACUAGAAAAAUGAUUACUGCGGUGGCAGAGUUGGGGUUCCAGUGCUUGCAAGAGGACCACGACAUGAGACCAUCCAUGGUGGAGGUAUGGGAAACACUAAAGGACAUACAAAACCGCGGCCACGACAUGGAGAAGUCAGACGAAACGGAUAAUCCAGCGGAGGAUGCUGUCCUGUUGAAGAACAACCCAUUGACACUUUCGCCUGAUUCGGUCACGGUGAAAUGGGUUAGCACAGAUGACACGCCCCAUGCCAGCAGUUAGGCGCCAUUACAGGAGACAAAAUCUUCUGAAGAUUGGGUGAUAACUUGAUAUGUACAGUAGUGAGGGAAUGUGUAUGAUUGAGGUGAAGAGGAUAACCACAUUAUGAUAUCUAUUCUUUCUUCGUUUGUUAUGAUCAUCUUCCAUGCUUGGCAUCUUUCCUGAGAUGUGAAUAAUCUGUGGAUGAGAGAAAGUAGUUGGGACA